GCAAAAGUCAGCACUGGACUGCUGUGUUAAUUCUACUCUCGCGACGGCCAGGACAGGUACCCCGAAUCGACCUCCUGCGAAAAAAGUGGUGCGCGUUUUUCUGUCGGGUUUUAACCUUUGCUCACGGAGCAAAGCAUUGCAAACAAUUGGCUUGCAAAAUAGUGCGAACUGACCGCGAUCGGUGUUGGGUGGUGACUUCGAUGAGGCGAUGAAAACGCUGAAUCAGCGACGGCGUUCGUAGUGUGUAGUGUGCAUCGGAAUUUCACGUGGAAAAUCCUUGGUCCUUGGUGGGACAUACACACACACACACACACGCUCGGAUCGGGAGUGUUGCCAGGAGGUGGCUCAAAGGACACAGCGGAAAAAAAUCAGCCCCAAAAAUCAAGAUGGCGAGCAGCCUUCGACGUCGCUGGAGAGUGUAAAGUGUGUGCUGUGUUGUGCUGAGCCUGCUGAGAUCUCGACGAGGACGACGAGAAGGAAGAAUCUGAAGGUGAUCCUUGAAGGAGGAUACGAUACGUUGUGUGCGUGGGCGAGUGUGUAAUUCAUUCAUACAAUCCGUCAUUCAAGGUUCAAACACAUCAGGCCAAAUUUCAUUGUGCUGAGCCGCGAGGGCUUUUUUCCUCCUUUAUUGUUAUUAAAAUUUCUGUAUUGCACACACCAAUAAAUCAAGUGAGUCCAAUACAUGUAAGGAAAAAGAGUGUGUUUGUAUGUGUGCGUGAUUACGUGUGCUGGUGUGUGAGUCAGCACGAAGAAAAACAAGUGCAUAAAGAGGUGGAACCCACCCCGUCCAACCUCCCUGAAGUCAUCGCCGACGAGUGUUGAAGGAUUUUUGCUCGAGAAAAUUUCCAAUCCUCACCACAGCACUGCUCGAAGUGUGUGCAAGAGCACAGCAAUGUUCGUGAUUGAGUGUUUGUUGUUUUGCUAUUAGUUAUAAUAGUCCUACACUCUACACAGCCGAAGGAAGAAAGAAGAAAAUUGGUUAGAUUAAUGUGUUAAUCACGCAAUUUCGUUCUCGAGGAUACCAGAGUCCCCCAAACACAACACAACCAUCGAAAAUGUCGGACAAAAUCAAAGUCGCGGUGCGGGUUCGACCCUUCAACCGACGAGAACUCGAGCUCGCCACCGAGAAUGUGAUAGAAAUGAACGAUUCCCAGACGAUUUUGAAGUAUCCUGCCACAUUAGAUAAGAUGGAACGAAAACCGCCAAAAAUGUUUGCGUUCGACCACUGCUUCUACUCGACGGACCCGGUGGCGGAGAAUUUCGCCUCGCAGGAGCUGGUCUUCAAGGACGUCGGCCGGGACAUCCUGGACAAUGCGUUCCAGGGCUACAACGCGUGUAUCUUCGCGUACGGCCAGACCGGCUCGGGCAAGUCGUACACGAUGAUGGGCAACCAGGAGAACAAGGGCAUCAUUCCGCGGCUGUGCGACGAACUGUUUGCGUCGAUCGCGGCCAAACAGACGGACGAGCUGAACUACAAGGUCGAGGUGUCCUACAUGGAGAUCUACAACGAAAAGGUGCACGACCUGCUCGACCCGAAGACCAGCAAGCAGUCGCUGAAGGUGCGGGAACACAACGUCCUGGGACCGUACGUGGACGGGUUGUCCCAGCUGGCCGUCACGUCAUUUAUGGACAUUGACAACCUCAUGGCCGAGGGCAACAAGUCCCGUACGGUAGCCGCUACCAACAUGAACUCCGAGUCGUCUCGUUCGCACGCGGUUUUUACGGUGGUGCUCACACAGACCCUGAUCGACACGCUGUCCGGCGUCACCGGUGAGAAGGUGUCCCGCGUGUCGCUGGUCGAUCUGGCCGGAAGCGAGCGGGCGGUGAAAACCGGUGCCGUCGGCGAGCGACUCAAGGAGGGCUCGAACAUCAACAAGAGUUUGACCACGCUGGGGCUGGUGAUAUCGAAGCUGGCGGACCAGACCAGCGGGAGCAAAAACAAGGACAAGUUUGUUCCGUACCGAGACUCGGUGCUGACGUGGCUGCUCAAGGACAACCUUGGUGGUAACUCCAAGACGGUCAUGUUGGCCACGCUGUCACCGGCGGCGGACAAUUACGAAGAAACGUUGUCAACACUGCGGUACGCGGAUCGAGCCAAACGAAUCGUCAACCACGCCGUCGUGAACGAAGAUCCGAACGCGCGGAUCAUCCGGGAGCUGCGGAUGGAGGUUGAGACGUUGCGGGAGAUGCUGAAGCAUGCCACCGGAACAAGCUUGCCGGGCGAGAUGAAACGGGUUGACAUCCACGACAAGCUGGCCGAGAGUGAAAACCUCAUGAAGCAGAUCUCGCAAACGUGGGAGGAGAAGCUGGAGAAGACGGAACAGAUCCAAAGCGAACGGCAACAGGCGCUGGAGAAGAUGGGCAUCAGCGUGCAGGACAGUGGCAUCAAGGUCGAGAAGAACAAGUACUAUCUGGUCAAUUUGAACGCGGAUCCGUCGCUGAACGAACUGUUGGUGUACUAUCUCAAGGAGGUCACCCUGAUCGGAGGUCAUAACAACGAAGGCACUACCAAACAACUACCCGACAUUCAGCUGAUGGGUUUGGGCAUCCAGCCGGAGCACUGUCUGAUUACGAUCGAGGACGGCGAACUGUUCAUGGCGCCGAUCGACAGUGCUCGGUGCUGCGUGAACGGAUCCGUCGCAACGGAAAAAACCUCCCUCAACCACGGCGAUCGUAUCCUGUGGGGCAAUCAUCACUUCUUCCGGGUAAACUGUCCAAAGUCCAACAAUAAUAACAAUAAUCUGUCCUCGGAACCGCAAACCCCUGCUCAACAUUUGGACUAUUACUACGCUCAAGAGGAACUGAUGCAAAACGAAUUCAGCAAUAACCCAAUCCAAGCCGCCAUCUCCCGGCUGGAGAAGCAACACGAAGAGGACAAACAGGUCGCGCUGGAGAAGCAACGGCAGGAGUACGAGAAGCAGUUCCAGCAACUGCGCAACAUCCUCUCCCCAACAACUCCGUACGCACCGUACGCCCCCUUCGACCCAUUCCGUCUAGGUAAACUCCCUCCAAACACACCAAACGCUCAACUGCGCGUCGAAAAGUGGGCCCAGGAACGGGACGAAAUGUUCAAGCGUUCCCUGGGUCAACUCAAGACGGACAUUGUCCGGGCCAACUCGCUCGUCCAAGAAGCGAACGUGCUCGCCGAAGAAAUGAACAAGCAAACCAAAUUCAGCGUAACGCUACAGAUUCCACCGGCCAACCUGAGUCCGAACCGGAAGCGGGGCGCAUUCGUCAGCGAACCGGCCAUUCUGGUGCGUCGCAUGAACUCGGGCAGCCAGAUUUGGAGCAUGGAAAAGUUGGAAAACAAGAUGAUCGACAUGCGCGACAUGUACCAGGAGUACAAGGACAACAACUACACCGUUACGGAUGAGAACAAGAACAAGUCGGACCCGUUCUACGAAUCCCAGGAAAAUCACAAUCUGAUUGGAGUGGCCAACAUUUUCCUGGAAGUGUUGUUCCACGACGUUAAACUGGACUAUCACACACCAAUCAUCAGCCAGCAGGGCGAAGUGGCCGGAAGGCUGCAGGUCGAGAUCAGCCGAGUGGCGGGUCAGUUCCCGCAGGACCGGGUCAACGAGUCGGCAUCGGAAAGCUCCCAGGACAGCCACGAGGACGACGAUAUGUGCGAACCGGCGAGCAAUCAGGUGACGUGCCGGAUCAGCGUGAAGCAAGCUUCCGGCCUGCCGCUGUAUUUGUCAAACUUUGUGUUCUGCCAGUACUCGUUCUGGAACCAUGAGGUUGCGGUCGUACCGGCUACCAACCAGGAAGUGGCCGCCCACAAUCAGAACAUUACGUUCAAAUUUGAUCACGAGUCGGACUACAUCAUCACGGUGAACGAGGAAUUCCUGGAGCACUGCAGUGACGGAGCUUUAUCGAUUGAGGUUUGGGGCCACCGGUCGGUUGGAUUCUCGCGGGCAAAGGAUUGGGAAGUGGAGCAACAGCAGGCCAAAGCACGCUCGCUUGCGGAUCGAUGGGCAGAACUGUCGCGGAAGAUUGAACUGUGGGUUGAAAUUCACGAGUUGAACGACAACGGCGACUGGGCUCCGGUUGAUGUGCAGUGUUCAAAGGACAUGCUGACCGGGGGAGUGUACCAGCUUCGGCAGGGAUUCCAGCGGCGAAUCAUGGUCCGCGUGAAACCGGUUCAGAACUCGGGAACGUUGCCAAUCAUUUGUCAGUCGAUCAUUAACGUUUCCGUGGGUUGCGUUACGGUCCGCUCCAAGCUGCAGAAGCCGAUGGACUCAUAUCAGGAAGAGGAUCUGACCGUACUACGGGACAAGUGGAGUGAAGCUCUUGGUCGCCGACGGCAAUAUCUGGACCAGCAGAUCCAGAAGUUGAUCAACAAGGACGACAAAACCGAGCAGGAGAAGGAACGCGAACAGAGUCUUGUCAAUCAGUGGGUCUCGCUGACGGAGGAGCGUAACGCCGUCCUCGUACGCCCUGGUUCGGGCAUCCCCGGUGCUCCGGCGUCCUGGGAUCCACCCAUGGGAAUGGAACCGCAUGUACCUGUCCUCUUUUUGGAUCUCAACGCCGAUGACCUGACGACGCAGAGUGUCAACGACGAAGUGCCCCUCGCCGGCCUCAACUCGAUCUUGCCAAAGGAACACGGAAACAAGUUCUACAAUCUCCAGAUCAUCCAGCACCUGGACAAGGACAUUUGCGCCGUCUGCAGCUGGGACUCAUCGAUCCACGACAGCCCGUCGCUCAACCGAAUGACCGAAGCCAACGAGCGGGUUUAUCUGAUCCUCAAGACCACCGUCCGGUUGUCCCAUCCGGCACCGAUGGACCUGGUGCUACGGAAGCGACUUGCGCUCAACAUUUACAAGCGCCAAAGCUUCACCGACCGGCUGAAGAAGCUCCGCAUUGGACGUGCCGAGUGCAGUUCACUGCAGUCCGGCGUGACGUACGAGGUGGUGUCCAACAUUCCAAAGGCUUCCGAGGAGCUGGAGGACCGCGAAUCGCUGGCACAGAUUGCCGCCACCGGCGAGGACGUUUCCGCCAGCGAUGGCGAAACCUAUAUCGAAAAAUAUACCAAAGGAGUGUCGGCCGUGGAGAGCAUCCUCACGCUGGACCGCUUGCGGCAAAGUGUGGCCGUGAAGGAGCUGGAGCAGGUUCGCGGCCCGGCGCUGUCGAUGCGAAAGACGGCCAGCGUGCCCAACUUCUCCCAGGUCGUUAGAGACACCCGGGAACAUACUGGCCUCAAAACCUCGAUGACCAUGCGAUUCUUUGACGCUUCGCUGGAAUCGCUGCUGGGCAUUGGCCGCUCCGAGUCGUUUGCGGACCUUAAGAUGGGGCUGAAUUCCGCUCAAAGCACUCGGGAGACGGCUACCAGUCGUCAGAAGCUGAAAGGAACCUCCCCAGGGGGUGGCGAAGAUUCAGCCAACUCCUCGUAUGGACUGACUCGUCCCACAUUCCUAAAUCUAAACAUAAAUUUGAACUCCCUGCGACUUCAGCCAACCAAGCCAUCCCCGGCGGCCAGCAAGUUGGCUCAGCGAAUGACGACGCUGCACGAGGAACCGCUGAUCAAGCAGAUCUGCUACGAGGAGGAGGGCGAGGACCGGUUCAGCGAGCCCGAGUACGCCGAGUACGAGGACGAUUACGAGCCGCCCAAGAAGCCGACCAUGUCCAAGAUGAAGUCCUCGUACACGGUCGAGUCGUUCAUGGACAUUGACAAGCGGCCCGGGCAUGCCGGCGUUGGCGGAGGUAGCGAUUUAUGCAAGUUCUCGGCGGCGGGAAAGGGCGUUAAGCCUAGUGGAGGUGGUCAGGUGGCGCAGGUCAAGAGCCAGAACAUUGCAGCCGGCACGCCCAGCAUGAGCUCGUCCACUUCGAGCGGGUACGGCUCGCAGGCCGUGUCCUGCAGCAACCUGACCAACGACGACACCUACUCGAUCCGCUCGCUGAGCGUCGGAGAAACGCCUGAAACCAUGUCACCGUCCAACAACGUCCUGCGCAGCAACAAUCCACUGAUGAAGGACGUGGUCAGCUUUGACGAGCUGAAUGGCAACCGAGGUGGCGACCUGCUAGAGCAGGAAGCUCUCGCGUACAACAGCAACGCAAAGCGGGCUAGCGAACCGGCGGUUAUGACCGGCUCGCGGGACACCAUGAUCGACGAGGAAGACGAGGGCGUGAUCAACGAACAGGAGGUGGAAGAAGACGAGGAGGUGAUUGCGAUGGACGAAAGCCACGUGAGCAGCACCGCCGAUGAUGAUUCGCACCUUCAGCAUGAGGAUGUGGUCGACGAGGAGAACAAUAGCUCCAAGCUGCUGCAGGAUUCCGAUGUUAUGGAGAAUAGCUUCUCCACGCCGAGCAAGCAUGAGAAUAUCCCGGACUGGGUCGUCGUUGGAGAAUCGGUUCAGAUUCGACCAUACAACACGAGCGGUGUGAUUUCGUUCGUCGGAGGAACGCAUUUCCAGGGCGGCACCUGGAUCGGCGUCGAGCUGGACACGCCCACGGGCAAGAACGACGGCACCGUGCAGGGCAUCCAGUACUUUAGCUGUCGGCCCAAGCACGGCAUUUUCGUCCGCGUGGACAAGCUGAUCCUGGACAAGCGAGGCCGAGCGAUGCGGGAGCUGAAGCGGGCGGAAAAGAUGAAGGCCGAAUUUGGCGGCCAGAAGAGCGGCGGCCAGAAAGCGGUCAGCGCCAACGGCCCCCGCAAAUGAUACGGGUUUAACCGGGGCCUCAGCGCUGCCCUGACGGCGAGUGGUUCCUGCUCGGCUGCGGCAGUGAUGCGUCCGAUGCCCAGGAAGCGGUUCGUGCCCAAGUCGGCCUCGAUGGCCGCCUUCGGACGGACCAAGUAAGAGCGACCUUCCAGAGAUCAUCUAUAGAGUACCUUUCGGUUUGUUUCGUUUUUCGUUUCGUGUAACGUUCGUUUACAUCCCCUAGUGAUACAUGCAAAGCAAAGAAAAUGAACCACAAACACACACACUCAAUGCGCGGUAAGUAAGCAAAACCCACACACGUUUCUGAGCAAUGGAAAACGAUAAUAAUUGUGUACGAAAUUAUUUCUAUUAUUUAUACACUUUUACAUUGUGUGACACACGCAAGAUUAGAAAAAAAUCCUCUUAAAAAAAAGUCCUAAAAACCACACAAAAAGCGGAAAAAUAUAUUUAUUGAGUAAGUGUUUGCAAGUGCAUUCUAGAUAGAAAGAGUGAAAAGCUACUAAAAUAUGUAAUAUGUCGUCAGGAAAGCAAAUUUUACGAUCCAAACAAAAUAAAAAAAGAGAUAUAAAAAUCAACCAGUUCUGUCCAAGGUCAUUUAAAGAAUACAAACGAAGCUCUAAAGUAUAAUUAUUAUCAUCUAUUGUAUACACAUUAACCAGAGAAAAAGGUGAGGUGAGGCAGGAUUUUCAGCGCGGAAAAAAUGGGUGCAAUCAUUGAGGCGAGAAACCUAUAUAUUGCUAAGAGAAUCAAGAAACCAACCACUUUGUAGCCAAAAUCAGACGGAGAGAAUUUAACAGGGGGUUCAAAGAUGAUUGAGAUAAGCAUUAUGAAUAUUUAUAUUUAUACACAUAUUUAAAGACAAACAACAACAACAAAAAAGUAAGUAUGUUAUAAAAGAAACAUUUUUAUUCUACUCCUUUGCUACACAACAAGCAUUUUCAAUAACAUCUUUCUUCUGUAAAUCUACAAAGCAAAUUGAUAAGAAAAAAAGCAGUGUUUAACCCUCUAAACAAGUUGAAUCAAACCAACCCUCCUUCACAGCCAGAAGAAGCAGAAUGGAAAGACGCGUAGUAAAGUAAUCCCAAACAAGCAGCAGCUUCAAAAAACAGACGUAACACCGCUGAAGAGACAGGCUAGACGAAACAAAAAAAAAAGUAAAAUAACUAAUCCUAGAAGCUAUUCAAUGUGAUGAAUGUGUCCACGCAGUUGUAGAACGCGAAAUUACCAAAUCUAAGUAAACAAAAUAACACACACGAAGAAGAAAACCAUUCAUUCAGUCCAUCCCGUUCAUUUUUUGAGUCUGGUUUACAAAAUUACAAAACGAAAUCGUAGUAUCACGUAGAGAAACGACACGUUAGAGGGCGGAAAUUGAUGGUGUGAUCGCGCAAAUAUCACUAAAUUGUCCAGCAGAUCACACUCACACUCACGACGGAGAACGAGACGAGAUAUCAUUAGUUUGUAGUAGAGACUGUCUGUAAAAUUAGUUCUUUUCCCUACCCCAAAUUUCUUAGAUUCGUGUCAUGAGUACCAGGUAGGUAAAUGUUCGGUAGUGGUUUUGAGAUGUUUAUUUAUUCUACUAAAGUGUUAGACAUUGGCAGCGAAGACGCGGGACUUUUGAGUGAGAACAACGCAAAUGACGAAGAAAGCAGCAAAUGAAAAGCAAAACGAGCACGUCCAUUUUUCCCCUGAGAAAUUAAAAAGGUAAAAAAUUUGGAAUUCUAAUAAAUUUAUCCACAAAACGAGAGAUUGAGCAGUCUAGAAUAGCAGUCGAGCAGCCGGUUGAGACGCAGUGAUUAAUCUUCAAAUUUCUCAGUGUUUUACUAGGCAAUAAAGUACACAUAUUAGAGAGAACCUAGCUAUCUUGAGCGCGUGCGGCUUUUUAGACCAGAAAAGAGUGUGCAAAAUGAUAGGGCUGAAUUAGAGGAGUUAGAAAGCAGAAAACUACUAAAAUAACGUUGAGAGAGAGCAUCGAAUAGAAAAAAAGAGGCAAAUUAUAGAAGUUACGUAGGGUAAGGUUGACCAGUAGGACCUCGAAUAUUCCGAUUUCAAGUUGGGGAUGCGGGGCCGCCACCGCGGGAAGGAUCAAACUAAUUCCAAAAAGAUUGCGCUGUUCGAUUGGUAGUAAGAAAUUCAAAUUUGUUCUGGGAAAAAUCACCGAAAAGGUGUCCAGAGACAUCGAAAAUCCACUUCAAAACACGUCCUUUUCUUUACACAACUGUCCAAAGACUGAUCGAACAGCAGUCUGUCAAAAACAACGGCGCCCCAACCUUCAUACCCAACGUCAGCCGCGCGCCACCACUGAAGCACGUGUUCAGGAAAAAAAACCAACAACCAAACAAAGCCUGCUUUGAUGGCUACGCCCCGUUGCGUAGCCGUUGUUAGCGCGAAUUCCCCCUCCUCUUUUGAAGCUUCGCGCACAACGAACCCGCCCUGGAUAUGGAUGAACCUGCGGCCUGCUUGGAUUACGACGUUUCGUGCGUGAUGUGGGUCCAGCGCCGAACGCAGCGUGCGCCACGUGCUUCCCGUGUGAUUUUUUCGAGAAGGCGCGCAGGGGCGUGGGUGAAAAGGUGGGGGCAUUUUGAUGAAAGUGAGUAUUUUUUUGAGUGAUGAUCCUUCCCGAAACUAGAUGGCGCGCCGGCCAUGUUGGUUCAAAGAGUGUGUGCAUUAGAUGAGAUUUUAGAGCGCGGAGAUUCCAAGGAAAACAAGUGCAAGACGAUAGACUAGUUUAAAUGUGUAAUUUCUUUUUGCUGUCUAUGUCAGUCAAUGUCAAUUUUUGCCACUAUUGCCACAACAAACACACUCUUCUAGAACAACGAAAGAGUGUGUGUCCAUUUCCUAGAACCAACCAACAAUGCUUAUGUGUAGAAAGCAGAUAAUCCAGACAGAGAAAACAAAACAUUCAAACACCAGUUAGUCGAAACAUGUGAGGGAAAGUGCAAUAAGCAAAGAAAUGCAAUCUUUUGUAUUUUUAAUCGCAACUGUUUAAUAUUUGCACCGAUCGGAAAACAAAUCCUCAAUCUUUUUAUCGUUCCGUUACAUCGACUAUCAUAUCUUUUUUCAAGUUUAUCUUUUCUUUGUUUAAGCCUCACGCAAGGCUGAGUGAUAUCAUCAACUGAAACAUGUAAAUCAAACUUAGUUUAAAGCUUAAAAAUAAGAUUAAAAAAAAAGACUCCGCUUAGUUAUCAAUCUACUUCCUAAGUUUUUUUUCUUUUCAAGCGUGUAAAGAUGUUUUGUGAUUUAGUUUAAUACCAUUCUAUUCCAUCGAUAUGUUUAACCAAUGAAUGGCACAACGUUAUUCCAUUAAAUGUAAAAAAAAAAACCAAAAAAUCAAAACGAAAAAAUAUCAUUCGAGCUUGCACCGUUAUUUUGCGUUUAAUUUUUUCGCACACCCCCUUCUAUGUUGGUGCUUUGUUUUGUAACGUUAACUCAAUAUCAUUGUUCAUUCCUGUUUAUUACUUGAGUUAAGUUCAUGUUAGUGUUAACUUUCACUCUUACACUAAGCAAACAGAAGCACACACACACACAGUUCAGCGUGGAAGAGGCACCGUUUCUAACUAAAAGUACCGUGGCGCGGGAGCGUUGUGUAAAGAACAAACAAAAAUCUAACACUCUUUUCUCUAACCUCUAACAUGUAAGCGAAUAACGCAAAACAAAAAAAACAGCAUCAGUCUAAAUUUAUCAUCUGUUGAGAAUAGGCGAGUAAAGCGCUACCUUAGUUGAUAGUUUAUAGAGUACAUUAAAGGAAGCAAGCAAGUAAAAAAAAACCUGUAGAAUAGAAAAAAACAUGCAGUGGAACAGAAAAGAUGGGAAAAGGUGUGUUAAAAAAAUGGAUAAAUUCUAGUCAAAAAGAGAGAAAAAAAUCUACUACAGAGAAGAAAGGACAUAAUAUGCACAGAGGCGCAAACAGCUGCAAGCAGAUUAACAAUUGUAAGGUUGAACAAAACAACACACGGAGAAAGGAUUAAAGAACAAAAACACACACACACACGCUAAGAAUCAGCAACUAUACAGAAGUGAAAGCAAAAAGGGAAAAUUAAAAAUCAGAAAAAGAUACAAAUAUAUUAAUACUGCUUAUUCUGUAAUUAA